AAAAGAAAUUUCUCUCUCUCCGUCUUCUUUCUUCUUCAGCAUUUCUGUAUUAUAAGUGUCUUCUUAAUUUCUUCCAUUUUCUUCUGUAUAGAUCUGUUUCUCUUCUUGAAUAUCUUCUAAUUAUGUCUGCCAUGGGAAGAUGGAAGAAGCUCAACCACAUUCCUCUCGUUUUUUCCCCUCCAUAUCGCUCUGUGCACCGCUUCUCCACAGUCUACACCCAUUUGAACUAUCUCAACGUCGGAUGCAACCGCCGGCGAGACCCUUUCGUCGGGUUUCAAGAGAGAUACAAGUGGGACAAUGGCUUUGGUUCUGCUGGAGGUGGUGGGAAUUCCAAUGGUGGUGAUUCUGAUAUUCGCAAAAUUAGGGCUGAAACUAAUUGCCCACGCUGUUACAAGCACAUGGAUCUCCUCUUCUCUAAUCGUCACUUUGCUUCUCCUAGUCUAGAUUUGAAUCCAAUUCACCAUUACUCCAAUCGUGGAGGACCUAAUAAUAGUAGUUCUGAUCAUAAUAAUGAUAAAAAUGAUUCUAGUUCUAGCAGCAGCAGCUUUCAGGCCGUUAAUUUUUGCUUCAGUUGUAAAACCGCCUAUUACUUCCGUCCUUACAAGAAUGCUCCUCUUCAGGGUAGCUUUAUUGAAAUUGGCAGAGUUAGUAACAAUAAUUCUAAACCGAAGAACCGAAAUUCCUCCACCAAACAAUCCAAUAGCGCUACUGAGAAUUACACUAAUGCUAUUAGUAAAAGACUCAGGGCCUCCUUUUGGGAUACUUUCAGAACCUAUGCGGGAGACCCACCUGGGAAUUGUCCUCCCCCUGGUGGGAAUGUCCUGGCCGUUCAUACUCCACCUGCCUCGCCAUUUGCUCCGGGGGUUAAUGUGAUUAGAGCCAGCGGACCAGGUGGAGGAGCUGGCUCAAAUGGUGGUGGUAAUGGUGGAGCAGCUGGAGGAGGAGAAAGGAGUGGUGGAUGGGGUGGAUCUAAUUUGGGGAAGGAUUUGCCUACGCCGAAGGAGAUUCGCAAGGGUCUUGAUAAGUUCGUUAUUGGUCAAAACAGAGCCAAAAAGGUGCUUUCAGUAGCCGUCUACAAUCACUAUAAGAGGAUUUACCAUGCCUCUUUGCAGAAAGGGUUAGUAGCAGAAUCAGGAAUUUCAGAUGCAAGAGAUGAUGAUGAUGAUAAUGUGGAGCUAGAAAAGAGCAAUGUGCUCUUGAUGGGUCCAACUGGCUCAGGCAAGACAUUGCUUGCAAAAACACUAGCGCGCUUUGUUAAUGUCCCAUUUGUCAUUGCUGAUGCAACAGCCUUAACUCAGGCUGGUUAUGUUGGUGAAGAUGUUGAGUCCAUAUUGUAUAAAUUACUCACGGCAGCUGGGUUCAAUGUGCAAGCAGCUCAGCAAGGGAUAGUCUACAUUGAUGAAGUUGAUAAGAUAACUAAGAAGGCUGAGAGCUUACACAUUAGCAGAGAUGUUUCAGGUGAGGGUGUCCAGCAGGCUUUGUUGAAGAUGCUAGAAGGAAAUAUAGUGAAUGUUCCUGAGAAGGGGGCAAGGAAGCAUCCUCGGGGGGAUAACAUACAGAUAGAUACAAAAGAUAUCCUGUUUAUAGUUGGUGGAGCAUUUGUGGAUCUUGAUAAGACUGUUUCGGAGAGGCGGCAAGAUUCAUCAAUUGGAUUUGGGGCACCUAUUCGUGCUAAUAUGAGAGCAAGUGGAAUAACUAAUGCUGCAGUCACAUCAUCUUUGCUUGAAUCUGCUGAAAGUACUGAUCUUGUAGCAUAUGGCCUUAUACCAGAAUUUAUUAGUCGUUUUCCUAUAUUAGUUAGCUUGUCAGCUCUUACUGAAGACCAACUUGUGCAGGUCCUCACAGAACCAAAAAAUGCUCUAGGAAAGCAGUACAAGAAAUUAUUUAGCAUGAAUAACGUGAAGCUACAUUUUACAGAGAAAGCACUAAGAUUGAUUGCCCAAAAGGCACUGGCUAAGAAUACUGGUGCUAGGGGUUUAAGAGCCAUACUAGAGAGUAUUCUAACUGAAGCAAUGUAUGAGAUUCCUGAUUUAGAAACAGGAAGGGAUAGAGUAGAUGCCGUUGCAGUCGAUGAAGAGUCUGUAGGUUCAGUAAAAGCUCCUGGAUGUGGCGGAAAAAUUCUUCGAGGGGAUGGUGCAUUGGAGCGCUACCUUGCAGAAUACAAGCUGAAGGAAUCAGGGGAAAAUGAUAAGACUGCUGAUGCAGAGUUGCAAGGUGAAUCAGAAGUAUCAUCAAGGGCCAUGAGUAUGUAAGCAAAUACCAUACGGCAGUCAGUCAUAGUUAAUAUGGUAUAUUCCCUGGUCAGAACAAGACAUUCCGGUUUAAGGUUCAGAGGGAUUGGAGCCGAAAUCAGAAACAAAGAGUCUCUUAGUUCCGGUUUAAUUCCAAUUUGAAAUUUUCAUAUAAUUUUUUUUUUUUACAUCUCUCAAGGAAAGAAUAUCUGAUUCUAAACGAACCAGCCAGUUCAAGGCCAGUUUUGGUCAAACUUUAUCCGGCUUCGAUUUCGGCUUCAGAUUUGACUGGUUCGGUCCUGAUUCCAAACUGGACCAUUACCAGGCAUAAUUGUUACGAUUUGUAAAAUUGAUGUUUCGAUUUGUAAAAGUCACAUUUCUUAAUUGGAUGUAAUUAUAACGUGGCAUCUGAUGAGAAAAAGAGGAAUUGAUAAAAGAAAAAAUGUACAUUGCUAGUUUAAGCAGCAGUAUGUACAAAACUUAAAGCUUAAUUUGAUUAAAGAAAUGUACAUUAUCAGUUCCCAACAUAAU